AUGCCAAUCGCCGCUCUGCCUCCUUCUACGGCCCAGGCAAUCGGCUCAACUUCCGUCCUCCCGAAUCCCUGCGCCGUCGUCAAGGAAUUGAUAGACAACGGCUUAGAUGCAGGCGCAACCUCCAUCUCAGUAGAAAUAUCCCCAAAUUCGGUGGAUAUAAUCCAAGUCAAAGAUAAUGGCCACGGUGUUGCUUCAGAAGAUUUUGAGAAUCUCUGCAAACGAGCAUAUACUAGCAAAAUUCGAACGCUAGAUGACCUGAGGAAUAUUGGUGGUCAGUCUUUGGGUUUUCGGGGAUUUGCACUGGCGAGUGCGACUGACAUGGUUGACUCGUUGACUGUCACGACAAGAACAAAGAAUGAUGUUGUGGCGUCAGUGUUAGAGUACGAUGCCCAAGGUCGGCUUGUCAGCACGGAGAAAGCAUCUCAUACUGUUGGCACUAGCGUAUGUCUGAAUGGAUUUCUAAAGAAGAUACCUGUCAGGCGACAGGCUGCUGUAAAAUCCGCGUCCAAAACGAUUUCCAAGAUAAAGAAGUUGCUUCAGGCUUAUGCAAUGGCGAGGCUUGGAAUACGUCUGUCGUUGAAAGUCUUAAAUGGUAGGAAUGAGAAGGAUAACUGGACUUAUGCGCCAUCCUCAACUGCGAGCAUUGUCGAUGCAUCUCGGAAAGUAGUUGGUGUGGAGACUGCUGGCCAAUGUGAAAGCAAAGCUUGGCCAGAGAAUGUCGAGGAUUCCAUUCCUUCGGUCAACUUGCUUGCCUAUCUUCCGAAAGCAGACUCUGACUUUUCAAAAGUUAAUAAUUCCAGUCAAUACAUUUCGGUCGAUGGUCGCCCAUUAUCCUCUGACAGAGGUACGGCAAAGGAAAUUAUCGAACUAUACAAGUCUUAUGUCCGCUCAGCAGCAAAGGCAACUGGAAAUUCAACGCUCGGGGAUCCGUUUCUGAGUUUACAUAUUUCAUGUCCGCCUGGCGCAUACGAUGCAAACGUUGAGCCUGCAAAAGACGACGUUUUGUUCGCAGAACGGGAAGAGUUGUUUCAAACAGUCGAAGACAUGUUUAAAGCAACUUAUGGAGAGCCGCAGACAGCUGCGGACAGUACAAAAAAGCAGCCCAGCUCUGUCAAUGGGUUUAGCGUUCUGUUACGACAACCUGCUAUACAAAAGCCGGUUUCUCCACCAACAACCAACCAACUUCCUACUCUUACAAGGGAGUCGAGAAAUGUUGAAGAUCUAGCUGCGACGCUAGCAGCGCACUCCACGGACGAUAGCUUGUCAGAGGCAGAACAGCCUGAGGUUGCAUCGAAGGAUAACGGUAUCAAUCCAUGGUCGAUUGCAAAAACGCACUUUUUCCACCAUUCCUCCAAGUCAAGGCAAGAAAGUCAAUUUGUUACGCCAACACGACCAAGUUUUAGGCCUACAGGUGGACGAAAUGCAGGAGCUACGCAAUCGAGCCCCUCUGAAAUUUCAAGCCCUUAUUCUCAGCAAUCUUCGCCAGACGAUGGCCCUUGUACAUCCCGUAGAUCCAUUUCAUCAUCUUCAAGAGAGGCUGGAAGAUCUAACAGUUAUACCAGACCAUCAAGGGAGCGGGAUAGGGAACGAUAUGGAAAUGGGUCCCUCGAUACGUGGUUCAUCAAAAAUACUGGACCAAGACUCCCAAAUCGGUCUCCAGGAGAGACAUUGGAUGAUGAUCUUGAAACUGAAAGCGUCAUGCUUGAUAAUCUCCACAAUCAGACUACCGAGAAGUCGCCACGAAUUACCAAUAAACCGUUCAAAGUCCCUCUUCCAAAUCACUCAAACAAAAGCCAGUCGCGACAACCCUUACUUUCUCCAGGCGCUGAGCCCAUCAGUGCUGAAUCCGAGAGAAGGCAAGAGUUUCCAGUCAUGGAAGAAUGGUCAGCACGCCUUCACCAGAAUUUCCCGGACGAUCAAAGCGUAUUCAGUAGCCAAGAUACGGAGAGGGCGCUCGACUUUGAACGUAGGAAGAAAGCAGCCAAUCUCGCCCGUCGACAGCAGCUGUUGAAAUCUCGACAAACAUAUCUGGCCAGUCCAGCAAGCAGUCAGCCUGCAGCAAACUCGCCACAUACCAAUCGAUACUUGGCAGCUAGGGUAACUCAUUUGCAAUAUAGCCAGGAAAGUCAAUCAAGUCAGCUUCAAAAAGUACAAUCAACUUCGAGUGACGGUUUCAUGAAGGAGAAUGAUCCGCGAAAAUACCUAAUGCAGCAUCAGUCCGAGCUGAGAAGUUCUCGAGCGAAUGAUGCCACUAAGAAGCAGAAGCCGAUACCUACCAGCCGCUUCCCGCUGGAAAAUAUCCCAAAAGGAUUUGAUAUGCAUAACCUCGGCAUGAGGCUCAACAUAUCUUUGCCCCUGCUGACAAAACAAUGUAGCUUUAUGGCAGGGGUCGACUGUUUUGUAUCUCACAAAGGUGAGUAUAGCCCAUUUGGUCCCGACGAACCCAAUCUUCCUGAAAUAUGUAAGAUUUGGGAAGUCACAAUCGCCAAACUCAUAAAAGAAAAAUAUCGUUUAAAAGAAGUUGAUCUUUAUGAUGCUGCUGGUGGAUCGGACGAGGCGUUUACUGAGGGGAUUGAUAUCUAUACUGCUAUCCAAUCGAAUCUAUCCAGAUGA